UGCUACGAAAUGGAACGAUACCUGAAGGACGAGCCAAAACUGCAGACUUACAAAAAGCUACCCGCAGAUUUGGACACACCAUGGGACCUGUUCGCUGCGCCCGGGCCGAUAGCGGGCUGGAAAGUAGAAGUAGAUUCCUACUGUAUAGAAGAGCUAAACCUAAAUGAUAGAAAUUCAGACUCACACUCGAGCUCGUCAUCCUCCUCCUCCUCAUCUUCGUCACCCUGUUCCGGAUCGUGGGACAGCAGCUCAACGCUGAGCUGUGCAGUGGUGGUGAAAAAAGAGCGCCUCGAUCCAGACGACGACGAUGGUAACAAUUCCGACAGUUAUGACGAGCAGAGUGAAAAGUUUGGUAAAAUCUCCGUGCACCACCAUCAUCACCACCAUCCACAGAAUGCGAUCGAGCUAAGGCUAGUGGCACGAGCAACGACCUCCGACCUGUUACCAACGUUAACACCUCCCUCCUCACCGGAAUCACAUCUUAGUAUAGGCAGUAAGGGCAGUACCACGUUAGCGGCGACUGUUAAAACCGAACCCGAAAUUGCACUGCUAGAUCAUCAGGGUAUUCUGAGGGUAUCGACAGGAACGCACAUACCACGGAAUGCGAUCGUCCGAUUGACGACGUCCAGUAGCAAAGGUGGUGUUGGGUUAACGCGAGUGAUACAGGUCAGUCCUCAGUUGCAAGCUGCCAUCACUCAGCGGAGUUCGACGUCGUCGUCGAGUGCACCAUUUUCAUCAGUGACCAGCUCGAAACAUCACCAACGGCAACACGAUCACAGUCCGGACUCGAAACGACGGAUACACAAGUGUCAAUUCCUCGGAUGCAAGAAAGUCUACACCAAGAGCUCGCAUCUGAAGGCGCACCAGCGAACGCAUACAGGCGAGAAACCCUACAAAUGCUCCUGGGAAGGAUGCGAGUGGCGAUUUGCCCGCAGCGAUGAACUAACUCGCCACUACCGGAAGCACACCGGGGCGAAACCAUUCAAAUGCCGGCACUGCGAUCGUUGCUUUUCCCGUUCGGACCAUUUGGCGCUGCAUAUGAAACGUCAUGCAUAAACCGAAGGGAACUGGGAUAUGCCAUCGGCGUCUGAUUGAAUGAGCUUGUACCAUCGCGCAAUGUCACACACUCAACGCACAGACACAAACACGCCCAUGGAAACACACACGCGCGCGCAUUGGAAGAAAAAAGCUAUCAUCUCGUUGAGAUGAUUACGUUUGAGAAUGGAUUUUUGCUAAACUAGCAAACAUUUGAAUGCACUACUAAAGAGGUCAGAAUAGACAUCCGCCACCACCAACAUCAUCAUCAUCAUCAUCAUCAUUAUCAUAAUCAUCAUCGACAACAAUAUCCUCUCCCCCGCAGUCUCGCAAUCGUCCCCGAAUAAACACAUCAUUAUCUAGAAAAGUUUUCUCAUUAGGCUAUUAAAGCUAUGUAUUUUACACCAGGACGUAAGUUGAUAUAGGAAUGCGAGUGAGACCAUGACGGGAGCAGAGUGCAAUCCAGUUUAACAGCAUAAAUUAACGAUUAUAAAGUUGCACAUUUAUGAAUUCCAAACGUUUUCGAACAACCAAAAUUUAAGUAUUUGGCAUUAGUAUCGGUAAGAGAAAAUUGUUAUAUAAGCAGUAAUUUCUCAUUGUAUUUUGCUUAGUUUGUAAGAAUCAUCUCACCUCACCCCUGUGGCUUUAUUACCACACGUUUACCACAUCAGCAUUCAUGGGGAGAGUUCUCCGAUAGAUUUAGGAAUCAUGUUGUUUUAAAUAUUUUAUUUUGUUAAUGUCGGAAAUUACACUAUUGUCAGGGUACAAUACACAAAGUUUUACCGAAUGUGGCCAUUUUAGACUGUAGUUCAUUGAUUUGUUUUUGUUCGUUAAGGUAUUUUAAUUGAUAUGUUAUCACGAAAUCGAUUAGUUCUUAUUUUCAGGACAUAAGCAAAGCGAAUGGAAAGCAGAAACGAUCACACAAAACAAAAGGAAAACCAUCACUGCCAAAACAUAAAUACUAGUGACUAUUUGAUUAGGAUUAAAAGGAAGGUAUUCAGCUUUGCUAUUUCUGCUUUAUAAAUUUCUGUUCUUAACUCCCCAUUAUCUUGUGUUUGUUGUUCAUGUCUAUAUAGAAACACGAAAACAUAUCCUGCCUUUGAAUUGUAUCAUUCUUAAUGUUAUAGUAGAAGAUUGUAUCAUAUAGCACGUAAAGCAGUGUCAUUUGGCGGCUCAAAAAUAUUUGUUUCACCUGUUUAAUUGGUGGUGACUUACAUAGGUACGUCAUGCAGUAUUCAGCUUGCUAAUUUACUAGAGUAGGAGAAAAUAUCCACAAAGAAAAGCAUCUACCCAUGCGUGAUUGUGCGUAACCCAAGCAACAACAUACAAGAACACAUCGACACACGAGACACUGCGGUUAAUAGGUACUACGAAACAUCCCAAGGAGGAAGGCAAAUAAAACAAAAUGAACACACCCUAUCGUUUGCGUGAUGCAAUUUCUGUGAUCUGCAUUUUUUCGAGCGACCGGUCCGAGGUCAGAUUUAUACUAUAACAAGAAGUCACCCAACGUGGUACCAUAGUAACAAAAUAUAUUAAACAAUGGAAUCACAAUCGAGAGAGUAGCGAUCCACGGAAAUAUCUAACCUAAAAAACUGUCGCGAACGCUCUUGUGAGUGAGUAAAGCCUAGCUGAGUAUAUUCACCGAUCGAUGCUGUGUAGAGUUGUAGUAGCGGAUAAAACAAUGUUCUUGUGUACGAUACACCGUAAUGUUUUGUAGCAGUAUGUGUAGAAGUGGGAUGAAUACGUGAACGUUAGGAGUCAGGCGAAAUUGUAUGUUAAGAACAAAUUUGUACACUAUUUUAAAAGUUUUUACCAAUGUAACUGAACUCUCAUCAUCAUUCGCUCGAGCGCACACAUUGUCUUUGAUGAUAUUUUUGCGAUUUUUGAGUAUCCGUGAUACGGUAAGUUGCUCUUGAAGUGCCGGUUUGAGGAUUUGACGAUACUCAAGUGCCGGGGAAAAUCGGAUCAAAAGUUUCCAUAUUUGUAGGGUCAUUCUUCCGAAGGUCUUGAGACAAGUGCAAACAAACUGCCCAGAAAAAUGAUGAAUUUUUGAAAACUCAAUCGGCCCACCCCUGAGUCGAUUCCUAGUCCCACCAGGAGUACUUGCUCCAAAUUUGAAGUAAAUCGGACAAGUCUAGCUACCGGACCAACGUGCCUGAAGUUUGUAUGGGAUUUUUCAACAAUUUACAUGGAGAAAACUCACUAGUUCGUAUUUUCGCCACUAGGUGUAUGCAUCGUGUUAUCACUGUAAGUGAAAAUAAGAAAGAUAAUUUAAUUGUCUACAACUUUGUCGAAGACUGCUAGUAAAUUCGGCUUUGUUAAAAGAAGUUAUUAAACUUUUAACGAAGUGAUGUCUGAGUCAGUUUUGCAUGGGGCCUAGCAGUGCAUGGUUGUGUAUCAGUACUCGAGUCCCGCGAACUAUAAAUUUUUGUGAAAAAAUGGUUAGAUUUAGCUGAAUAGUAUGUUUACAAGAAUUGUAGUAAAUAAUUCGAGCUAUGUUUUGGUAAGAAAAUUUUUGUUUCACCUGUGAGGGCGCCAUAGAGGGCGCCACCACUAACUUUUAGUAGAAGAGAGAUAGAGUAUCAAGAUGUUCGGAUGAAAUACUGAAAAAUUCCUGCUCUAUAACUUUGUAGAAGACACCAAAUUUCUAUCUCUCUCCGUUGAAAAGUUAGUGUUGGCGCCCUCUAUGCGGUAACAGGAGGAACUAAAAUUUUCUAACCAAAGCAUGACUCAUAUUAUGUACUAUAAUUCUUGUAAACAUACCAUUGAGCUAAACCUAACGAUUAUUUCGCAAAAAAUGUUUAGUUCGUGUGAAUCGAGUACUGAUACACAACCAUGCACUGUUAGGCCCCAUGCAAAACUGACUCAGAUAUCACUUCGUUAAAAGUUUAAUAACUUCUUUUAACAAAGCCGGAUUGACUAGCAGUCUUCGACAAAGUUGUAGACAAUUAAAUUAUCUUUCUUAUUUUCAAUUACAGUGAUAAUACGAUGCAUACAGUGCCACCUAGCGGCGAAAAUGCGACCUGGUGGGUUUUCUCCAUGUAAAUUGUUGAAAAUUCCCAUACAAACUUCAGGCACGUUGGUCCGGUAGUUAGACUUGUCCGAUUUGCUUCAAAUUUGAUGCAAGUACUCCUGGUGGGACUGGGAAUCGACUCAGGGGUGGG